UAGCUGGGAGGUUGAACUUGAACUGGUUCGCAGUUUGAGUGAGUGGAUGACAGGUCACCCCUGACUGGGAAGGUUCUUCCGGCGAUUCAGGAUUGGGGGACCAUGCAGAGAGACAGGAGGGCAGAGCUGUGCUCGGGGCUGCUCCCCAGGACCUGAGCUGGGACCCAGCAUUUUCAGCUCUGCCGGGUCCUGCAUGACAUCAACGGUCCCCUCGGUGCUGAUGCUGCCGGGAGUUCCGAGCUGGGGCCAGGCCGGCGCCAGGCACAGACACUUCAGCCCUUGUUGGGAGAACAGAGAGAGGCUGUGUUGUCCAUUGCCCAUCCUCCGGCUCCAACUGCUGGUUCUCUCAAAGGCCUCUCCUCAGGCCGGCGCAGCACCCACCCUAUCACUGUUACAGAAUGGACUCUAGUGCCAGCCCAGCGGGGACUUCCAGUCCACAGCCUUCAAGGGCCAAUGGGAACAUCAACCUGGGGCCUUCAGCCAACCCAAAUGCCCGGCCCACUGACUUCGACUUCCUCAAAGUCAUUGGCAAAGGCAACUAUGGGAAGGUCCUCCUGGCCAAGCGCAAGUCCGACGGGAUGUUCUAUGCAGUGAAGGUGCUGCAGAAAAAGUUCAUCUUAAAGAAUAAAGAGCAGAACCACAUCAUGGCGGAGCGCAACGUGCUUCUGAAGAACGUGCGGCACCCCUUCCUCGUGGGCCUGCGCUACUCCUUCCAGACCCCCGAGAAACUCUACUUCGUGCUCGACUACGUCAAUGGAGGAGAGCUCUUCUUCCACCUGCAGCGGGAGCGCAGGUUCCUGGAGCCCCGCGCCCGGUUCUACGCUGCCGAGGUGGCCAGUGCCAUUGGCUACCUGCACUCCCUCAACAUCAUCUACAGGGACCUGAAACCAGAGAACAUUCUCUUGGACUGCCAGGGACACGUGGUCCUGACAGAUUUUGGCCUCUGCAAGGAAGGUGUAGAGCCGGAGGAGACCACAUCCACAUUCUGUGGCACCCCCGAGUACUUGGCUCCAGAAGUGCUUCGUAAAGAGCCUUAUGAUCGGGCGGUGGACUGGUGGUGUCUGGGCGCCGUCCUCUACGAGAUGCUGCAUGGCCUGCCACCCUUCUACAGCCGAGACAUCUCCCAGAUGUAUGAGAACAUUCUGCACCAGCCACUACAGAUCCCUGUGGGCCGGACGGUGGCUGCCUGUGACCUCCUGCACGCCCUUCUCCACAAGGACCAGAGGCAGCGGCUGGGCUCCAAGGCAGACUUUACUGAGAUCAAGAACCACGUAUUCUUCAGCCCCAUAAACUGGGAUGACUUGUACCACAAGAGGCUGACCCCACCCUUCAACCCAAACGUGGAAGGACCUGCUGACUUGAAACACUUUGACCCAGAGUUCACCCAGGAAGCCGUGUCAAAGUCCAUUGGCUGCACUCCCGACACUGUGGCCAGCAGCUCCGGGGCCUCAAGUGCAUUCCUGGGAUUUUCCUAUGUGCCCGAGGAUGAUGCCGUCUUGGAUUGCUAGGAGACAAGUACCUGUGAAGCCACUGAAGACAGCUGGUACCUCGCAGUCCCCUGCCCCAGGAACUAUAGGGGAUGAAGCGGAAGACCAUGGAAAACACACCAAUGACACUGACACUGGAGACCAAAGCUGGUCAGCAGAGCUGUUGUCACCCUUUGGCCUGCAUUGAGAAUUCUGAAAGUCUGAUUUGAUUCCUAUCUUAAUAGUGUCUGUUAGUUGACAAAUGUGGAACAUGAGGGAGGGGCCCAAAUUCCCCCAGCUCCCCAGAGCAAAAUUCAAGAUUCUAAUUGUCUGAAAUGUGCUGGCACUGCCAAACGUACACAAUUUGCUAUGGACUAGGAAACCCAUAAUGACUCUCUCUAAGACUAUAAGAUCACAAAAAUUUCAGGAUAGAAAAUAAAAAUGAAGAAAAACUAUGACAUUGAUCAUGCUAAGCCUAUGUUUAUUGAGCACAUUCUGAGUGUUACCUGCAUUAUCUACACUCCUCACAGUAAGCCAGCACCUAGAAAUUAAACUUCCCUUUAUAAAUAAGGAAUACUUGCUCAGAGAGAUUAAGCAACUUGCCCAGGGUCACCCAGCUGGUACAAGGCACAGCCAGGAAUGAAACUUGGUGGCAGCUGAUUCUAAGGCCUUUGCUCUUUCCACAACUCCCAACAGUGGGAGACGCGCUCUGGACAGGCACUCUUGUUCUUCUAGCCAACACUGACUCUACAUCAAGCAGAAGGGUACCAGCACUCAAGUGGCACCGCCUGCUCUCUACAGAGGAAACACAUCGCUUCCAUUUGUAUCCCUCACCGAAGACUGUAGUCACCCAGUUUUGCACCAAAAUACAGCAUCCCCGGGAAGACAACUCCGAAUCACCCGCCUCCACUUUUGAACUUGGCAAUGACAGUAGUUGUGAAAAGGCACCACGAGUUUUGUUUUAAGAUCCCUACACUCCUGCCACUCUGCACAGGCUGAAGGUUCUAACAAACAUAAAUUCAAACAGAAACUGUCCGCAGUCUGCUCUCACUGGGUUGGCCCGCGAGGCGAUGGCACUGCACCAAGGUCCGCACGUCCAGAGCGCUCCCCUGGCGCAGGGAGGCCGUUUGCUGGCACCUGCGCGCUCUCAGGGCGAUGGCUGUUUCGCAGGAGCAGCUCCUGCCCGGAACGCUCUUCCCAGCCCUCGCCUUAAUGAGUAUCCCUCUCCUUUCAUAUCGCUGCUCAUCGGGGCGCCUUUCGGCCCAGCUCCGGCCCCUCGCAGCUCCCUCAAGACAGUUUAUAUUUUCACUUUUUUCUAAGAUCUGACCAGGUCUAACUCCUCGCUGGGAGACGCCGGGACGGCGGGUUCAUCGCCAUAUCCUGGGUCUGUUACUGUGGUGCUCAGCGUGGCAGGACAAAUCAAAGAGAAAGAACGAUCUCAUGUCACCCUUCUCACCACUAAACGCUCCUCCGGGAAGUCGUCCCUGACCUCCCUGAGAGCCCAAACCCACGCGCAUCGCGCUGCAAGUCCCAGAUCCGGCGCUCCCGGCGCCCGGGCACCGUGUCCAGGUCUCAGCCGCUAAGCCCCGCCCCUUCCCCUUGGCGCCUGCGCUCUGGGGAUCGAUCCGGGGCGUUGCUCACCCGGGACCGGAAGUCUUCACUCUUCUUCAUCCUAGGGGUCGAGCGAAGUUCCGGCCCUUGGGACCUACCAUUUAUACCAGCCUUUAAUAAGACUUGAUACUAAAGACACAAUUAAAU